CAAGCACCCUCAGUGUACAUGUGUGUGAGAAAGGUAGGGCAGUGUGCUGCUUUGUUUCUUCGUCCCUGUGCAUUGACGUAUCAUUUUGAGAGCAGUGACUGUGUGCAGCUGAGAGGCCUGGUUUCAGAUGCCGGUCGGAGCAUCCUCAGGCACAUUAAUAAUGGAGGAGUCUGACAGGAGCAGCUUUGCCUGCCUUUGUUUUCCACUGUAGGUGAAGGGAGACAUGGAUCUCUCUGUUUUGCCAAAUAACAACCAUCCUGACAAAUUCCUGCAGCUUGACGUAAAAUCUUUAACGAGGAGCUCAGCCCUCCUUCAGGCCAGCCUGGCGAGGUUUCCGGGUGGAAAUUAUCCUGCUGCACAACACUGGCAAAACCUUGUCUACUCACAGAGGGAAAAGAAGAAUAUUGCUGCUCAGCGGAUUAGGGGAUCCAGUGCAGAGAGCCUUGUUACUGCUGAGAGCCCUCCACCAUCCAUGUCCUCAGUUAUGAAGAAUAACCCACUCUAUGGUGACCUAAGUUUGGAGGAAGCUAUGGAAGAAAGAAAAAAGAACCCAUCAUGGACCAUUGAGGAAUAUGAGAAACGUUCCCGGCACACAAACCUCUCUGGACAUCUGAAGGAAAAUCCUAACGACCUGCGGUUUUGGUUGGGAGACAUGUACACUCCAGGUUUUGAUACUUUAUUGAAAAAGGAAGAGAAACAAGAGAAGCAUUCAAAAUUUUGUCGUAUGGGUCUGAUUUUACUUGCCAUCAUCUCCAUCUUGGUUGCCAUAGUGACUAUUAUUACUUUUUUCACCUGAGGAAACUGCAGCAGUCAGAGCUACUUUAAAUUUCCUAAAUUUUUUUCUGAUAAACAUUUGAAACCCCCUCCCCCCAAAAAUAACAAAAACAAUGUACAUGCAGUGUGAAUGGAUUGUUGGUUGUACUAUUAAAUGUAAUUGUCCUGAAGAACGUGAA